GGCAAAGGCACGGCUCAGUCAGAACGAGAGUGUCUGGUCGGUCGGAUUUUCUUUCGGUGAACCCGCUCCGGUCCGGUCGCUCUUAGACGGUAACAGUGACGGCAGAAGUGGUGUUACAAACAGGCACUUGUCUGUGUUUCUGUGUGUGCGUGUGUGCGGAGGGUGGUUGUGCAGCAGAAGAGUGGGUGUGGAUGUGGUGUGGGCCCUCACCCCCAGGGGAGUGCAGUGUAUGGAAACAAUAGAUAGCUGUUCGAUUGUUUUGCUCACUGAUUGUUACUGUUGCGAAAAGGGUGAACCUCUAACCACCCCGCCCCACACCACCAGUGGGUUAACAAGUGUAGGAUUCAGGCUUUAGUUUCCCAGCUUUAAUAUAUUUUCCGAUUUAAACAAACAAACUUCGCGUUUACUUUCCUACACGGAGAUUCGUGGUACGCUUUGUAUGUGUGUUUGUGUGUUUCUGUGCUCCACAUAUCACGUGCACGCGUGUUAGUGCGACGAUAAUGCUGAUAAUGCAGUGAAAAUAGUUCUCGAGUCCCGUAGGAGAGCCACACCAAAAAGAGAAAAGAAAACACAAAACCUUAACUAUCUCGCUCUGUAAGUGUGCGUGUGUGAGUGGGUUUGUAUGCUGAAAAUCUCAGUCAAGGAAAAUCAGUAACGUAGCGAACCGAGCGCUGUACUACACUGUGCGGAGUGCGGGAAUUCGUUUCGAUUCGCGGGAAAACGCAAGGGUGUGUGUGUGUGAGAGAGAGAGAAAGAGGGUGCGUGCGUGUGCGUAUGCGUGUUUGUGAUAGUUUGGUGAUUUUCCUUUGCUCUUUAUGAAUGGAAAGGGUCGUCCAGCAAUCGGCAGCAGCUACGUAAUCGAAUUCAGCAUCGGAAAACUUAAACAGAUACGCAAGUACACGCGUGUGUGCGCGCGCGCAACCUGGAUAACAAUACGCUCCGACACCAAUACAGACGAGCGCACGUGAUCCCUUCGGGUGACACACGGAUCCACACAGUGCAAAUACGUAAUCAAGGAAGUUAAAAUAGAAAUCGUCGCUGUAAAAAUAAAAACACGGGAAAAUCCAACUGGAAAAUACCACGCGAGUGAUUAAACUAGAAAAAAAAACAAGUCCUUCAUCCAGCAGGACCUAUCCAAAAAGCCCACGUUUCGGUCGCUCCUUCCUCAAGGCAAGGAAAGGCAACACAGCAAACCAUGGGCACGGUACUGAGCUUUAGCCCCCGGGAGCGUCGGCCCAUCUACUCGACGCACCAUCACAGCGCCGGCACGCUGUCGUCCUCAAACUCGGCCGACUUUCCGCUCAACAACUACUCGUACGAGCAGCUGAACAAUGCGAAGAAUCGCGAGAGCGCGCAAACGAAACCGCCGAACCUGAUACAAACCGUGCCUAACAACAGCCAUGGGCUGAACAUGAGCAAGGACGACUGCAAGAACAACAACAAUCCCGGCUCCCAUGGCAACAACAACAACAACAGCCACAAUGCCGGCUCGGGGAAUAAUAACCAUAGCAACAACAACAACAACAACAACAACACCAGCAACAACCUGCUGCUGCUGCAGCAGACGCACCAGAACAACAUCAUCACCGGCAGCGCGAACAUCAACAACAUCAACAACAACAUCAGCGGCGGCAACAACAACAACGGCAAUAGCAUACAGGAGCGGAACAACAACAACAACAACAACAACAGCAACCACAGCAACAAUGCGGACAGUGCGCGCAUCCUGUCCGAGAAGAAUGCGCUCGAGAAGAACCUGAAGAAGCAUUCGCUGUUCAUCAAUGCGCUGUCGUGGAAGCGACUGGCCGCGUCGCACGGCAAGAAGAAGCUGGACAACAACAAGAACAAGUCGGCCAAUCUGGCCACGGCCACCAGCUUCCGGACGCCGCUGACCGACACGAUCCACCCGCUGCUGGACAAGAACAAGAACCUGCAGCAGUCGCAAUCGUUCACGCAAACGAUCAGCAGCCAGCAGCUGCAGCAGCAGCAGCAGCAACCGGCCACGAUCGUGCUGAGCCAGUCGGCCGGUUCCGGUGGGCAGCCGAGCAGCGGAGCGGGCACACAGUCGGUGGUCGGGCUGGUGGGAUCAUCGGGUGGCGCUGCCGUCGGGCUUGCUGACCGGGCGCCGCAUCACCAGCAGCAGCAGCAAUCGCACCAUCUGCAUCCUCACGGACAGAUGGUGGUUGCUCAGCAGCAGCAGCAGCAGCAGCAACAGGCGGUCUACUUUACACCGCGCGGUCCUAAGGCACUGCUGGCGCUGGAUCUGGUGCGGGCCAACAACACGAACCCCCUGUCCCAGCCGGACAAGCUCGCCCAGAAGCUGCCACUGCAGCUGCCGAUGCCGCUGCAGCCGAUCGUGAACCAGCAGCAGCAGCACAACGUGCCGAUGGGCCAGCAGCUGCACCACGGGCACGGGCCGAGGAAAACCGUCAUUCAGGCAUCGACGUCAGAGCUGCUAAAAUGUUUAGGAAUGUUCCUGCACGACCGAUGCCGCAAGCUACGCGACUUCCAGGCCGGCGACGCUGUGAUGUGGCUGAGGGCCGUCGACAGAAGCUUGCUGCUUCAAGGAUGGCAGGACGUUGCCUUCAUCAACCCGGCGAACGUGGUGUUCGUCUACAUGCUCGUCCGCGAGCUGGUCGACGGCGAGGAAACGAAGGAAGCGGAACUGCAAGCCGCCGUCCUAACCUGCCUCUACCUGUCCUACUCGUACAUGGGCAAUGAAAUUAGCUACCCGCUGAAACCGUUCCUGGUGGAAGACUCGAAGGACAAGUUCUGGGACAGAUGCUUGCUGAUCGUGAACCGCCUUUCCUCGAACAUGCUGCGCAUCAACGCCGAGCCGGGCUUCUUCACCGAAAUCUUUACCGAGCUGAAGGCGUGCGGCAUGAGCACGAACGCGAACGCCGGCGGCAACCUGCCGUGCGGUGCGGCUUGACGCUCCCGGCAUCCGCGCGAGGUCGUCGUCCGGCUCUCGAUUGCCGGCCAGCAGCAGAAGUACCAGCACGCGACCAGCACCCUGCAGGAGCUGACCAGCGUCGUCUGAUGCGCACCGUAAAUGCGGGGACCAUCCCCCUCCCCCCCCCCCUCUCAACCAUCUUGGUCCAUCUUGGUGGCGUCUUCCCGGGCAGGGAGUUGACGCCUAGCAGCUAGCAGAGAUUAUCAUCUCAUCAUACGCCAGAAAAAGGAGGAAUCGCAAACGGUGAAAGUGAAACAAAAAAAAAACGGAGAAACAUUUAAUAGCUCGUUGGGAAUGUAGCAUUCCUUUUCCAUUCAUUGUUUUUUUAUUGGUGCGUCCUCACCCCGUGCCCCGUCUUGUGCGAUUGCGCUGGAUAGCAAUUGGGCGAGAGCAUGCCCGAGUGGGGCGGCGCAUAGGAGAGUAGGGCGGGUGACCUUUGUCGAAGAAAAGAAUAUCUGCACUCUGCAAUUUGCCUCAACUUUAGAUCUCAUCGAAAGGGUUUGAACUCUACAGAAAGCAAAACCAACCUAAAGCAACCAAUACUCAGUAUAGUGCCAUCUCGUUCAACUACUUCAAGGAGGUAUGAAAGCAAGGCAAGGUCGAAACGAAGGGACUCUUUCCCCCUCAUUUAGUAAGGGGAGUUUGUCUGUUACUUUCGAUCGUACUACAGAGAUCUAGUCAAAAGCAACGUUCGAAUCUCAGUUCUUUAGAGGGCAGAGAAGUAAGAUUUGAUCCUUUUCCUCGUCGACUGUCCGGAACGGUGGACAGGCACUAACGAUGGCAGUGGUAACGAAAACAUAUGGGAGUACUUUUGCAAUAGUUUGAACUGGCAGCAGACAGUCACUUCUGUGAAGAGAAAGGAAGAAAUAAAGCGUAUUUAAGUUCCAUACAAAACAACAACAUACGUACCAAGCUCGACCGAGAAAGUAAAACAAAACAAAACAAUGCAAAAUCAUGACGCACGUGACACGAGAAAGUAAUGUGAUUUAAUUCUAUAAAAGCGGCAUUAAACUAGUGCAACCACACACAGACACUCGCUCACGAGCACACAGUAAAUGGGGUAAAAUAAGGCCCGGUGUGUGAGUGAAAGAAAAGGACAGCAGCAAACCGCAGCAAAUAACCCCAACAAGAAAAGUAUAAAAAAAAACAAACGACAAAAGAUAUACCAAAUAUACCGUACACUAGAGACAAAAAGAAGCAUAAGAAAAAGAAAACAAAGGAAACCUACGAGAUAAAAACACUGCCCUACACCAGUCCGACGCAAUGGAAAGAAUGUAGAAGAAUGAAGAAAACAGAACAAACGGCAAAAGAAAGCAUAAAAGGUGGCGUGAAAUCGUUAAAAUGUUGUACAAAUUCGAAAAAAAGAAGACAAAAGAAGAAAAAACGAACAAGUUAAAUAGUAGGAACGUGUCUGUGUGUGAUGUGAGUUGUGAAUGAAAGUAGAAACAACCAAAAUGAAACAAGCUAGUAAAGUGGUUAAAAGCACGGUUACAAGGGUAAAGAAGGAUUCAAUCCGGUCACAGAGAGAAGAUAAACUCAAACUUGGAAUGGAAUUAGUGCUCUGUGCGAUUUGUGGACCUUGUUUGUCAUCUUUGGGGCAGGAAUCCCAGGCCCACCCAGGGCCACAAAAAAGGGGCAAAACAUUCCAUUUGUUUUUUUGUUUGUUUGUUUCAAACUCCAUACAAAAGCAAAACCGGAUAUAGAAACCGAACGAGGGUAGGAUACAUCCUGCACCGCGGUACACCGACCAUCGGAUAUUAACCGGACGAUGAGUGGGACAAGGGAUGUUCGUUUGAUCCUUUUAUCGAUCCCUUUCGCGGGUUCCAACCUUUUUGUAUAUUGUAAAGUUCAUGCAGUGAAUGUUAUUGGGGUUUCUUCUCUCUUUGCGUUACUGUCACGGUUAGCGGUUAGGUUAGCUAAGAAGGGCGUGGAUAAGUGGAGCGGAAACCCGUAGCGGAUGCCUGUAGUGUGAUAGUGUGGUGUGGUUUUAGUAUUUACUCAAACGCAAACAGGACCGGUCUGUGCGGUAUGUCUGUGGUUGCUGAAAAAAAAGCAAAGGCUACUGAUCUCUAAACGUCUCUCUAGUCAACGGAUAGUGUCGACAGUGUUGGGGCCCACCCCAUGUGCGGUACAAUACAGUCAUCUACAGUGCGUAACACAAUUAUAUCACGGCUUGUUUGGUUUGUGUUUGUAUAUGGACAAUGUUAUAACAUGAAAAAAACGAUAAAAAAACAUGUUUGAUGAAGAUUUUCGAAUCAUACAAAAGCUCAUUCCUAUUUAGUGGGGCUAUUUUAUGUUUAGUAAGAACAAAGAUUUCAACAUCAAAAAUGAACAUUUACAAACCGUAAUGUUCGUAAUUCAAGAAAAAUUGGUAAUUUCUUACGAUCUCUGCAUAUCAUUUAAACAUGUUUAAAGAUCAGUUGAAUCAGUUGAGUAUUCAGUUGAAUAUUUAGCAGUUUACAACACGGAUUAAAUCGAUGCAAAAAAGCUGAAAUUAAAAAGCGAAAUUUUAAAAUUCGUACCAUAGAACGUUUUAAAAUGCCUUUUACAAUACAUUUAUUUUAUGUCAUCUUCGAAGAAACUGCUUACAAUUAAGCACUUAUUUUUGGAAAAAAGUCUUGUGUGGUAACUGCACAACCUUGUAGUCAGAUUUUUUUUGUAAAUCAUUUCCUAGUUGAAAAAGAUUUUGAUACUGUUUUGAUGAUGUAAAAAUUCACUACUAAAUCAUUUAUUUUUAUCAAUUUCAAUUCAAUGUUUAUCAACAUGAACCAAAGCAAACCAUACCUUACUAUAAUUGUGUUGCGCACUGUAUAACGCUAUGUUUUACAUUGUGUUACAUUGUGUUACUGUUACAUUAUGUUAUUUUAUGUUAUACACAUUUAUUUAUUUUUUCAUAAGCAUGCCGUGCAAUUUUUUAUGUUUUCCUACCAAAAUGAUGCUUCCGUUUAAUGCAUUCCGUCUAGAAUUAAUUUUCACAUAUCAGGAAUGUGUUUAAGUAAUGUGAUUUUCUACUCCUUUCAUUUGUAUACUUUCACCAAAUGCUCACACGAAGGAAUGGUGGUUAUUGAUGAUAUUAAUUUACCUACUAAGCUAGUAUUUAAAUGCAAAGGUAUGGGUUUGAUUUACGACCUAAAACACAACCGCUUUACCAACAAAUUCAAUGCCGUCUCUUACGCAGUACUCACACGGGGGAAGAAGCUUAUAUUUAUUAAAGCAUCCGCAGUAACGAUUUACGUUCCACUAUAUCAUUAAAAUUUAAUUGCUACAUUUAAGGAAGGAAGGAAUAUGAUCUUUCAAUUAAAAAUUUGUUCCUUAUUUUGAGUGCAAUGUUGUAAAUAGAAGAAAAUGCUACAAAAAAAGAGUAAAAGAACGCUGAACAGUAUGUGUGUGGGAGGUAAAACUGGACUGCAACUGGCUAAAAUAACGGGAUCCCACACGUGGUGGUCCACCGCAUUCCAUCCAUCCAGAAGUCGUUUCCAUUCCUUUCUUUGCUAAUUCUUAAGAUUGAUCGAUGUGCCCAGUCGAUCGCCUAAUUUACAUACAGGAUUUGCCAGGAGUUCUCAUAGUUGUGGGACACAUUAGUGACCAUUUUUUAAGGGAAGUGAACUUCAUAUGAUGGGAAUUGGACUCUAUGGCACCCUUUUUGGACAGACUCCUUGGAAAUUCCUAUUAUAGUUGUCCACCAAGCGUGCAAUAGAGUCCAAUUUCCAUCAUAAAAAGUACACUUCCCAUAAGAAAGAGUCAAUGAAUUGUCCCACAACUAUGAGAACCCCGGGAAAACCCUGUAAGUGUACAGUGACAGGGACAGUAAGUUUCUCUACUCAAGAACACGUAACUCUAAGCAUAUUAAGUGUUAUUCGUUGUCCAGCCAGUAAGAACUACUUUAAAGCCAAGCAGCCCCAAACUCGGGUUGGCGCAGUGAGAAUGUCUUUUUCGUUUUCUAGAUGAGUGAAUCUCGCCCUAAUAAUCUCAACCCUCGACCCACAAAUGUCAACGCUUAGUUUCAUGCAUAUCUCAUUCCAUUCCGUUCCAAACCAAAUGUCCAACCACAAGAGUAAAGCGAUGAUGGGUAUGAUGAUGGGUGGUAAGAUAGGGUAAGAUCUUUGAGCGUGCGAACGUAAUUUGGAAGUUAGUAGGUGUGGCCGGAUGAUGUGCAAUUAGUAAGCAGUAAGGGUGUGUGCGUGUGUGUGAGUAGGAAAACCAUAAAUCCAAAAGAUGUUUGCGAGUGACGAGUUGUGUAAUAACAAUUCGAAAAAGAAUUCUUCUUCCACAUUUGUAACACCUAUAGAUGAAAUGAAUAAAAUAUAAAGAUUUCCACCCCAAACCUCCCGUUUUUUUAAUGGUUUCCCCAACGACGGGGCACUGUUGAAAGUAUUACGACCUAUGGAGGGAGAAAAGGAGUAGAAAACGGAGCUAGAAACCUACGAAAAAAACACUAAAUUUGGUAGUGGGACCCUCUACUGUAGAUGGGAUAAAUCAUAGAAAAAGGAACGGGAGAAAGAAGAAACACAAAACUGGUUGAUUAUAAUGAGUAGAUUAACAUAAAAUUGCAAAACUGAACAGAAAAAUAGAGAAGACAUGUAAUAAAAGAUAAAAAAAAAACAGAAGAAGAGAAAAAACAGAGAAACACACAAACACAAAAAAGAAAAUAAUAAAACAAAAAACAAUACGAAUAAAACACACUGGAAAAGAAAACACUACUAUGGAUAUAAUGUUGAAUGUUGAAUUAAAAACUUGAUAACCCUUUAGUAAAGUGCGAGAGCGGAGGAGUAACGAAGAUAAAAAAAGAAGAAAAGUAGCAAGAAGUUGCAUCGAAACUUACAAGAAAAAGAAGCAAACUGAACGACACUAAGCAUCGCCGGUAGUAAAAGUGGGCCGACUCCAUCGUAAAGAGGGAAAGUGCGUUAAAUUAGACAAAACGAAUGAAAACGGCAAACCGAUUCGGAAUCGAAAAAAAAAAACUUAAAGUGUCACCACGCAAAAAAUAGUGGAAAACAAACAAACAAAAAAAGGUCAGAACCAGAAAGAAACACACAGGAAAUGAAAGAGAGUUUCAAACUGUAGGAUAUAGUGAAAUGGUAACUUUUGCAGCAGAAAGCAGAAACCCCGUACUAACAAAUACUAAGCUCUGUAUGAUUUUAUCGUUGUAAAACUUUCACAAAACGUCUCGGAACUUGUAGAUGGAAAGUCGGUGACGGUUCUCUUGGUUAAGUCGGGUUAAACUGGUUAAGUCGAUUAGUCAUCCUACCAAGAGCGACAACAAAAUACGAAAGUCUCUUUACUGGAGAGACCUAACCGUUGCUGCUGAGAUCACCUCUGGAGAUCACGCGUUAGUUAAGUGCAGAGGGCGUUAGAGUAAACCGGUUGCCGCGCAUGUCACCCUUUUGUUUGAAUAAUUGUUGAGCAAUUUAAACUUUCAAACGGAAAAAAAACUAAAAAGCGAUGAGCGAAGCGUUCAUGAAGUUUUUGUCGACCAAAAGUCAUUGUUUAUGAGCAAGCGAAAACAACACUUUCAAGCAAACUUGCAUCAUACUUACCACGGUGCGGUCGCGCCGUGCUCCGCGGUUGUAUAGAUUGGAUUGGCCAAAGUACUGUUUUAAUGAAUGUCGAUCCCAACUUAGAGAGUGGUUGGUUGUUGGGGCAUGGGUACCAUUCCUUUAUUUACCCUUUACCUUCCCUGUUCAACAAUCCCUGUGGUUUUAAUAGGUCGAAAAACGAGUUGCAAAAUACCGUCGCCCGUACGUAGCUCGAGCAAACUCGAACCAGAAGUCGACCAAAGUGUAAUGAAAUUCUAUUUAAACAAAAAAAAAGGUUACGAGAAGAGCACUAAAGAAACACUAACAAACGUAAACGGAAAACACUUUUCACCAUUCUAACAAUACUAUAAAAUAAUUGAAGAAUGUUGAAAAAAAAAGCAAUGAAAAAAGAAUGAGACAGUGCCGAACGAACGAAACAAAACAAAACAAAAACAAACAACAUUACAACCACAAAGGACACAUUGUAAAAUGACAACAAUUAUGCCAGCACACCACAAUAGCGCAGAGAAAAAACA